AUGCCUACAUUAAAUCAAUUGAUUCGUCAUGGUAGAGAAGAAAAACGGCGCACGGACCGUACUCGAGCUUCGGAUCAAUGUCCCCAGAAGCAAGGAGUACGCCCGCGUGUUUUUAAGAGAACACCGAAAAAACCAAAUUCAGCUCAACGUAAGAUAGCCAAAGUACGAUUGAGCAAUCGACAUGAUAUAUUUGCUCACAUUCCGGGCGAAGGUCAUAAUUCGCAGGAACAUUCUACGGUCUUAAUAAGAGGAGGUAGAGUUAAAGAUUUGCCAGGUGUGAAAUCCCAUUGUAUUCGAGGAGUCAAGGAUUUGUUGGGAAUUCCGGAUCGAAGAAGAGGCAGAUCAAAAUAUGGUGCAGAAAAACCCAAAUCGAUAUGA